CACGAACAAUCAGAGCUCUAUCUUUGAGUUUCCAGCUUUUGGUAGCUUUCAAGAAUAAUAAACGCAGCUCACGAAGUUUUCCAAGUCAAAUUAUCUGAACCAGACAUCGAUCGCCAUGUCUGUGCUCUCAGUGCAGUUGUCGACAGACCACACGUUCUACAAAUCUCCUACCCAAUAUAUCUUUCUUCUCUCAAAUCAAGGCGUCCAAGGCGAUAUUCACUGCGCAACAGCGCCAACCUCCUCGCCCCGACAAGUGCAUAUUAUCGAUUCCUCACUUUUCACCCACCUUGCUUCUUCGUCCUCGAAGCACCCCUCAUUCGCACUCUCCCCUGGUUCAUUAGGAGAGAACAUCACAACCGACGGCCUCGACCUGAUCUCCCUCUCCGAAGGCACGCGUCUCCAUUUCGGGGACCAUGAAGGACAUGCCGUUGUCAAGGUGAUGGGGUUGAGAAACCCAAAGAAGAGGUUGAAGGAGUGGCCAGAGGGGCUGCUUGAUCGGUGUAAGUUGAAAGAUAAGAAGGGGAAGACUGUGGGCAGGACGGUUGGGGUUAUGGGGGUUGUGGAGCAUGAGGGGUAUGUCCAGUCGGGGUAUACUGUUUAUGUUGAGAAGCCGAAACAUUUUAGGGCUUUGGGGAAUGUGUAGGUCGGACGUGGUGGGUGGAGAAUGAAAGAGAAGGAAGAGAGAGCGAUUGGGAAAGAUCGUGCGAUCCAAGUUGAUAAUUAUGCAGUUUGAGCAGUGAUCUUGUACGGUUGUGAGAAAGGUCGGAUUGAUCAGCCGUGGAACGAGCAGCUUCCUGUUAACUUAAUUGAGCUUCUAAUUCAAUAAUUCGAGAUUCGAG